CCCCGCCGGGCCUGCGCGGUGCGUGAGGCGGGGGAGGCGGCGCGCGCAGCCUCGGCAGCGCCUCUGAGGAGCCGCCGCGAGCCCCGGGGGAGAACCGGGAAGGGCCGGCGACAAGCGGGGCCCAUCGAGCCGAGCAGAGCCCGGGCGGAGCGCGGGGUUAUGAGGGCGGGCGCCGCCACCUCCCCGUGAGGAGCCGCGGGCGCGGGGAGCGCGCGAGGCCGCCCCGCCACAGGAAGCCAUUUUGUGGGCCCCCUCCUCCUCCUCCUCGCUCUCGUCCUCUUCCUCCUCCUCGUCCUCCGCCGUCGCCGCCGCCCUCGGGAGCGGCCGGGCCCGGUGAAGGAGGCGGCGAGGAGGGGCGGCGGCGGCCGCCGCGCCCUCCCCCAUGGCGAAGAAAACCUACGACCUGCUCUUCAAGCUGCUGCUCAUCGGGGACUCGGGGGUCGGCAAGACCUGCGUCCUCUUCCGCUUCUCCGACGAUGCCUUCAACACCACCUUCAUCUCCACCAUUGGGAUAGACUUCAAGAUUAAAACUGUUGAAUUGCAAGGGAAGAAGAUCAAGCUACAGAUCUGGGACACGGCGGGGCAGGAGCGCUUCCACACCAUCACCACCUCCUACUACCGAGGGGCCAUGGGCAUCAUGCUGGUGUACGACAUCACCAACGCCAAGAGCUUCGAGAACAUCAGCAAGUGGCUCAGGAACAUCGACGAGCACGCCAACGAGGAUGUGGAGAGGAUGCUGUUAGGAAACAAGUGUGACAUGGAAGAUAAAAGAGUUGUCCCUAAAGCAAAAGGCGAACAGAUUGCCAGGGAGCACGGUAUUAGGUUUUUUGAAACUAGUGCAAAAGCAAAUAUAAACAUUGAGAAGGCAUUCCUCACAUUAGCAGAAGACAUUCUUCGAAAGACCCCUGUAAAAGAGCCCAACAGUGAAAAUGUAGAUAUCAGCAGUGGCAGUGGGGUGACGGGCUGGAAGAGCAAGUGCUGCUGAACCUUCUCCUCUCUCACCAAUCGCCAUCCACCGCCCCUUUUUUCUCGCUGCAAAACAAACCACUCUGUCCGUUUUUUAACCUGAAACCAAUGGUUUUGUUCCUCAUCUUAACGAGCUCCUGCCUCCCCUUGGUUUUCUGGCUAGGACAGCUUUGCCUACUCCAGUUUUCUCAACACGUGUAUAGGAAAUUCAUCUCCGUGACUUCAUUUCCAUGUCCCUGCUCAGCUCACCACUACGUUUGGGUUGUAUUAUAGUCCCGUCCCUCCUGCCAUUAAACCCCAGAGCAAUCAUACUCAACUCUCUUCUGCAAAUUGUAUAAGAAUAAAGGUUAGAAUUAACAAUUGAUUUUGUACAACAGUGGAAUUUUCUGUCAUGGAUCAUGUGCUUGAGUCACCAUAUUCUCUAGAUGCAUCAGGCAAGAGCCAGGAAAAACUCAUUUUCGCCUUGAGUCCGUGAGUGGGGUUUCUUUGUCCUGUGCCUUAUGUGGAAAAAGGAACUUUUAUUUUCACUUUCUUUUCUCUUUUCUGGUGGAAGCAUGUGCAGGAGACAUCCCAUCCCCCCUGUGCCAUUGAGUCCUGACCUCUGUAGUGGUUGCUUUCUGUAACGUUGGUGUCAUGCAUCGAGGACAAAGGGUGGUGCAAAACAAAAGCAAACUCCAUGUAACCUGCUGUGUCUCCUUUGCCAAUCCCGCCGCUCCCAACUCUUCCCGCUGCCAUUUUUUUUUCUCACUUUGCCGCUCUUUCCUUUUUUUUUUUUUUUUUUUUUUUUUCUUUUUUUUUUUUUUUUUUGCCUGCAUGAUGCUUUGAUUUGCAUUUCUCCAUGGUGUGAUGUGUUAAUGGAAAGGAUGGCAACGCGGUGUGUUUGCCAAAAAUUUAAUACAAAGCACUGAUUUAGCUUCCGAGGUAAAAAUGUUGAGAUUCCUACUAACCCCCCUAGGCCUGUCCGUCACUAGUGGUUCCCUCCUCCUCCUCCCGCGUAGCCCCGGCCUUUCCCCCCAUAUGGAAGAGUUAUUUGCAUGCACUAGUUUCUAUGGAGGGUGAUGUGGUUGUCUACUUUCUGUGUAUGAAUAUAACAUGGAUCCCCCAACUGACAGCAGUUCAUUAACACGAGCUCCCAGCUUCUGUCCCCCGCCGGCCGCUCCGAGGGCUGCGGGGCCGGCCCGAGCCUGAGCGGAACUGGAUGGAAAGAGAAGGAAAGGAAAGGAAACAAACCAGCCAGAGGGCAGUUUAAUUUAUUACCUCCCUGGAAACUUUCCACUUUCCAGUGUCCGCAGCCGCGCCGGGCCGGCCCCGCCCCGGAUCCCGGCGGGGCCGCUCUCCCCGGGAUGGAGCGGCCGUUCCAGCGCUCCCGCCGCUCCUGCGGCUGGCACCGGGC